AUGGAAAAAUCCAAAAAUUUCCGCAUUGACGCGCUGCUGGCUGUCGACCCCCCCAAGGCGGCGGCGGCGGCGGGGCAGAGCGCGCCGCUGGCCCUGGUCACCUCGCUGGGCGGCAGCAGCAGCAGCAGCGGGAGCGGCAGCCCCCCGUCGUCCUCGUCGUCCUCCUCCUCUUCGUCCUCCUCCGAGCAUCCCGCCGGCGGCCCCGCCGACUGCCUGCGCACCGACAGCCCCUCUCCGCCGCGCCUCCUGGCCGCCCACUGCGCCCUGGUCCCCAAACCCGGCUUCCUGCCCGGGGCCGGCAGCGGCGCCCACCCGCACCACCACGCCUCGGCGGCCGGCAUGGCCCUGGGACUGCACCCCGCGGCGCCCGGCGGGCCGGGCAUGCCGGCGCAGGCGGCCCUCUACGGGCACCCCGUGUACGGCUACUCGGCGCUGGGCGGGCAGCACCCGGCCCUCUCCUACUCCUACUCGCAAGUGCAGGGAGCGCACCCGUCCCACCCCGCCGCCGACCCCAUCAAGCUCAGCGCCGGCACCUUCCAGCUGGACCAGUGGCUGCGAGCCUCCACCGCCGGCAUGAUCCUGCCCAAGAUGCCCGACUUCAGCUCCCAGGCGCAGUCCAACCUGCUGGGGAAGUGCCGCCGGCCCCGCACGGCCUUUACCAGCCAGCAGCUGCUGGAGCUGGAGCACCAGUUCAAGCUUAACAAGUACCUCUCCCGGCCCAAGCGGUUCGAGGUGGCCACAUCGCUGAUGCUCACCGAGACGCAGGUGAAGAUCUGGUUCCAGAACCGGCGCAUGAAGUGGAAGCGCAGCAAGAAGGCGAAGGAGCAGGCGGCACAGGAGGCCGAGAAGCAGAAGGGAGGCGGCGGGGAGGACAAGGGGGAUGAGGACCUGCUGCUGCCUGCCUCGGAGAAGAGCGGCGGGAGGAGGAUGCGGGAGCUGCCCGACAGCGAGCCCGAGGACGAGGAAGAGGAGGAGGAGGAAGAGGAGGCAGCGGCAGCGGCCGGGCGGUGCUGCCCUUACCACUCCUCCGAUUGCUCCGAGGCGGAUGAGGAGGACACGCAGCCCCGCGGCCGGCACGGAGCCCCGGCGCAGCCCCAGUGA